CGCAGUCGGACGGCUUCCGCGGACUGGGCGGCGGAAGUUUGACGGCGCCUGAUGAGUGGCGGCUGCAGUGGGACCGGAGUCCCGGCAGAUCUCUCCCCCCGACCCCCAGUACCCGCGGCAUAGUCGGAAGCCAGGCUAACCUGGGUGUGAGAUCCCGGACAGGAGAAGGAACCUUUCUGACACGCAAACAUGGACCUGGAGGCCAAAGUGAAGAAGAUGGGCUUAGGUCAUGAGCAAGGAUUUGGAGCCCCCUGUUUAAAGUGCAAAGAAAAAUGUGAAGGAUUUGAACUGCACUUCUGGAGAAAAAUAUGUCGUAACUGCAAGUGUGGCCAAGAAGAGCAUGAUGUCUUGUUGAGCAAUGAAGAGGAUCGAAAAGUUGGGAAACUUUUUGAAGACACCAAGUAUACCACCCUGAUUGCAAAGCUAAAAUCAGAUGGAAUUCCCAUGUAUAAACGCAAUGUUAUGAUAUUGACCAAUCCAGUUGCUGCCAAGAAGAAUGUCUCCAUCAAUACAGUUACCUAUGAAUGGGCUCCCCCUGUCCAGAAUCAGGCAUUGGCCAGGCAGUACAUGCAGAUGCUGCCCAAGGAGAAGCAGCCAGUGGCAGGUUCAGAGGGGGCACAGUACCGGAAGAAGCAGCUGGCCAAACAGCUCCCUGCCCACGACCAGGACCCUUCAAAGUGCCAUGAGUUGUCUCCCAAAGAAGUGAAGGAGAUGGAGCAGUUUGUAAAGAAAUACAAGAGUGAGGCUCUGGGUGUAGGAGAUGUCAAACUUCCCCAUGAGAUGGAUGCUCAAGCCUCCAACAGAAUGUACAUCCCUGGUGGAGACAGAAGCACCACGGCAGCGGUGGGCACCAUGGAGGACAAAUCAGCUGAACACAAAAGAUCUCAGUAUUCCUGCUACUGCUGCAAACUGAGUAUGAAGGAAGGUGACCCAGCCAUCUAUGCUGAAAGGGCCGGCUAUGAUAAAUUGUGGCACCCAGCUUGUUUUGUCUGCAGUACCUGCCACGAGCUCCUGGUCGACAUGAUUUAUUUCUGGAAGAAUGGGAAGCUAUACUGUGGCAGACAUUACUGUGACAGUGAAAAACCGAGAUGUGCUGGCUGUGAUGAGCUGAUAUUCAGCAAUGAGUAUACCCAGGCAGAAAACCAAAAUUGGCAUCUGAAACACUUCUGCUGCUUUGACUGUGACAACAUCCUAGCUGGGGAAAUAUAUGUGAUGGUCAAUGACAAGCCUGUGUGCAAGCCCUGCUAUGUGAAGAAUCAUGCUGUGGUAUGUCAAGGAUGCCAUAAUGCCAUUGAUCCUGAAGUGCAGCGGGUGACCUACAACAGUUUCAGCUGGCAUGCAUCCACAGAGUGCUUCCUGUGUUCCUGUUGCAGCAAGUGUCUCAUUGGGCAGAGGUUCAUGCCAGUAGAAGGCAUGGUUUUCUGUUCAGUGGAGUGUAAGAAGAUGAUGUCUUAAGA